GAAAAAAAACAAAUCCUCAUCGAAAACUCAGGCCAAGCCAUUGGCUGUUAGGUGAAUUGUUUAAUUUCACUGAAAAGGUUGAGCUUCUCUUUCUGUUUCAGUUUUCCUUCGUCAGCAGUGUUGCUUUGAAGCAAACAGAGGUUAUGUGGCUCCUUGAUGUGGGAUUUUAUCAUCAUGACUGCAAAAAUUCUUCUCAUUCUACUCCUUUCGUCUUUGACAAGUAUGACAAUCACAGGUGUGUAUCCCCAGAGCCCCACAGAUAUAUAUGUUGAGGCUGGUGAGAUGGUGGUGCUGUGUUGCCCCCUGAAUGGAGAGGAUAAUGAUGCUGAGCUUAUCUGGACCAGUCACACCAGCCAGGAGAUAGAUCUGACCCAUAACAUGUCGUCAGCUGAGCAGAAGCACAGGGAACUGCUUGUUCACGGGAGGAGCCUGGUGAUUCUCAACGCCACUGUAAACCAUCAGGGGAGUUACUCAUGCUCUCUGGGCAAUAGCAGCAGCAAGCUUUGGUUCACACUGAGAGUUUGUACAACACAGUCCAGAAAGCACGAACAGAGGAGCUAUUACCCUACGACAUGUUACUCACAAGAGGCCUGCACAUUGUAUUGUCCUGAUGUAAACACACCAUCUGCAAUCACCCCCAAGAUUACCAGCAAUGGCAUUAUAUGGUACAAGGAAGGCGAGUCAUCGCCAAAAGCCUGUUACUUCUCAAGUGUUGAAGAGAAGGACCAUGGUGUCUACACCUGUACCAGAUCUUAUCUGUAUUAUGGACAAAUAUAUAACAUGACCUUUACAGUGUUGCUUGAUAUCCAACCAAAGGAAACACCCGAAAAAUAUCCAGUGAUCAUAUCACCACACAACAGUGAUGUAUUUCCUGUAUAUUUGGGCUCUACAGUGGUGAUUGAUUGUAAAGCUGUCAUGUAUUCGGACUUUGAUGAGGUGUUCUGGUUGAGCAGUGAUUCAUUUAUAGAAACCAACAGCAGCUUUCUCGUUUACUACAAUUACACAAAGGAAACAAAUGCCAACAAGAUAAAGAUGACGGCAUCUUUAAUUUUCCGAGAAGUGUCAGAAGAGGAUCUAUUACAAAAUUACACCUGUAAACUGCAAACUGUUACUGGACAUUCAAGCUUUGUCACCAUCGUCUUGUCCCAAAAACCUUCCCCUGCUUAUGUUCCCCUGGCUCUUGUCAUUGUUGGCUUUGUGGUGAUGGUUCUGACAGUAGUUGUCUAUGUGAGGUUCAAAAUGAUCAGUAUGGACAAUACUAUGGAUAUCUAUUAAAAGUGCAAUUGUUUUUACCUCUCCAUUCUUUUUAAAGAGAUAGGGGGCAGCUUUUUACCUUUACUACUGGGUCCUUGUGAUCUAAAUAUACAAUCAGUUGAAUAUCUUAAAAAGUGUAGGAAGUUACUCAGGGUCUGAACCCAGUUACAAUUGUAGGUUUGCAUGUUAAUUUUAGUAUCAAGCUAUUCAAUACAUAGAGGUCUUUGACAUAACCUCAUCACUGUAACCGCUUCACAUUCUGUAAUGUAAAUAUAUGUUUUAAUGUUUUGAACAAAAAUUCUGUCCAUAUCUUACACAGUGUACCUUUAAUGUAUUUGGUCGAAGUGAAUAUAUCAUAUCAUUGAUAAAAGUAGGCCUAUGUGACAUGUAUAUUUAAAUCAAGUCAUACUGCAAGAUGUGUUAAAGCUUACCAACUAUUUAUAACCUAUAAAUAAUAUUUAACAUGAUAAAAAUGUUACAGAUUCUGAGGAUUCACAAUUAACACUUAACCUUUAAGUGUCAACUUCACUUUUAUUUAAUCACUCAUGUUGUUACCCACUCGUGAUUUUUCCACUUCCUCUUCCUAACGUCACUUAUUUUCCUAUACAAUCUUGCAAGUGGCGUGGUGUCCGCCCCUGGUAAACCACAUGACUGAAAUGUUUCAUCUCGCUCAAUUGUACAAACAUGUGAAGGGCUCCCCUUUGUUUGAACACAUGUGAUUGAGGGAACUAUAUAUUUUCAAAGCAGGCCUAUUGACUUGUCAUUGUGAUAAAAAUAAAUGUUUUAGAGAUGUGA